AUGCCCAUCCCUUUCAGGGUUGCUGACCCGGACGACCUCGAGGUUGCCUCCCGCCUGUCGGACUACGACUUCGACUAUGACUUCGAAGGUCUCGAUGGUGGUGAUGGCGGCGAUUCGCCAUGGUCGGAUCCCUGGUCGGAGCCUCAAGCACCAAGAACACCGAUCCAGGACACGAAGGAUGAUGAUGAGCCCACACCAUGGCGCUGUUUGCGUUGUGAUGGCCAGCGGUUCUCUCCCUCGGAGGGCCACAGCGGUUGGAUUUGUUUGACGUGCUCCCACGACGAGUUCUACCGGGUCGACAGGCCUACCAAGAAGGUGAACCCCUCUGGCGCCUGGGUUUUUGUUCCCACCUCACCUGGCAGGGAAUCCAAGGCCCAGAAGAGACGCCGUAGGAGGACCAAGCAUGGAGGCCCACCGGACGGAGACGAAGGAGAUCUAUAUGAAGAACAAGCCGAAUCUGAAGACUCACCAAUGACCCAGUGGUUGAACCUGAGCCACAGGAUGCAGGACGCCAGCUUGGUGGUUAUGGACGAGGCCCACGACGAGCUCUUCCAGGAACACCUGUUCGAGGUUCUGGAGUAUCUCAAGGCCCUCCACCUGAUCUACCUGAUCUACCGGGCGCGGCGGACCUUCCUGGCGCGGCUGGAUCGACGCCUCGAACGUUCUGGACUACCUGACCAGACUCCUGACCGGUCACGACAUUCCGGGAAGGAGGACAAGAGCUCAUCUCAGGGCUCAUGGAACUCAAAGAAAGGGCCAGCACCAGGCCUGAAAUGGAAGUCGGGACAACCUCCUCCUGUCCCGACAUGGAAGUACGACCAGUCUGACAUGAGGGCAUUUGCAAAGUUCUCCAAGAAGAUCAGCAUCUGGCGCCUCCAAAUGGAAGCUUACGCCAGCAAGAAGGAUCAGGCCCUCAUGCUGUACAAUGGACUCACCGGUGAGCUUGAACAAGAAUUAGAACACUUGGACAUCGACCAGAUCCACAAGGACGACGGGGUCGAUGUCAUCAUGAAGCUUUUGCAGAGGCCAUUUGAACAACGCAUCAUCUAUCAAAAACGACGCUUCCUGCACGAGUUCGAAUCCUUCCGCCGCUUCAACCAGGAAAGCAUGCGGGCCUAUGUGCAGCGCUUCAGACGCGUUCAGAGGUCCCUCCUGGCGGUCGGAGUCGACAUAUCGGGAACGUUUGAUUCCGAUUCGCUCGGCUCAAGGCUUUUGGACCGCAGCGGAUUGAGUCAUCAUGAUCAACGGAUGAUCUUAGUGGGCCCGCAACAAAGCCUUAGCUUUGAGGCCAUUGCCGAAUGCCUCGUUCUUCAAUGGCCAGAGUUCAGGCCGGCUCCAGCGGUCAUGUCUGGAUCCGGAAAAGGCAAAGGGAAGAAUUUGACCUCGAGCUCUUCUACCUCCUCCUCGACUACCACAUCGAGCUUCUCAAAAGGUGGCAGCAAAGGACCACCAAGACGGCAGACCUACUUGACUGAGGUCCCCGAGAUGGAGGUCGCUGAAGAUGAAGAGUUCGCUGAUGCUCAGGAAGACCCCGAGUGUGACGCUGACGGCGAUGCAGAGCCAUCGAACGGCGAUGACGCCGAAGGAGAUCCUCAAGAGGACGAACCUGACCUCUCCGAGCUCGCUGAGGUCCUCACAGUGACAGCCCGAAAACUCAGCGGCGUCACUUUGGGUCGAAAGUUUUCCAAUUCAGCUGGUGGCAAAACCAAGAAGUCGCCCGAAGAGCUUCGAAAAACGACUCACUGCUCGGCAUGCGGCGCCUUGGGCCACUGGUAUCAGGACAAAGAAUGUCCACUCAAUCCAGGAGCUGGUGGAGGAAAAGCUGGAGGAAAGUCCGGCAAAGGACCAAAGGGAUCCUCGACCUCCUACCGUUCAGCAGGUCACGACAAAAAGCCCACUCACUCCGUGUCCGUCGCGCAGCACCACCAGUAUGGGUCGUUGGAGGUUGGGACGCCCCCGGAUGAGUUUGGUUCAGCUUUCUCCAUCAACAUGGUCAAUAGCAUCCCCUACAAGGUCAAUGAGGUCAAGAACUAUUCCACGGACGGGGAGCUCGCUGGUUUUAUGGUUUUGGAUUCGGCAUGCCAAAGGACACGUUGUGGAACCCUUUGGUAUCGGCACCACCAAGACCUUUUGGGAAACUAUGGCCUGAAGACCAAGGAGAUUGAUUCGUAUGACCUCUUCCAAUUUGGCAAAGGAGAUCCCACCAAGUCCACUACAAGGGCCUACAUCCCCAGCUAUUUGAACAAUGUCCCCUUGGUCAUCGGUGCCGGUGUUUUGCCCGAGCGUGUUCCUUUGUUGGGUAGCAACUCCCUCCUGGACAAGUUGGGGUCGGUGAUCGAUUUGCCGAAUCGUGCAGUUCAUUUCACGGCAUUGCAUUCACCUCCGCCAUGGCUGGCGAGAUGGAGGCGGAUCGUGUCGGCUCUCGACGCGUUCCGGAGGAACGUCUGGAUCUACAUGAUGGGGGGCGUGCGGCUGGGCAUGAUGCCGCGAGACUGGCUCCAAUCGGCAGUUCCGCCGAUCCUGAGUCCUCGCCUCGACCCGGACUCCUGCGAGCACAAGGACAUCAAGAGGUACGGCAACGCCCAUGGCCGCUUUGCGAGAUGCAAUCAGUGCCUGAGAAAAUGGAGAUGGAACACCAAGAAGGGGGAUUGGGACAUUUGGUAUUCCCGCGGCGAUGGCUCUCCAAGUUCCUCUUCAGCACCAUUGCCAUUGCCUCAGCCGUCAUCGAAGGCCACACCUCCUUUGGGAGCCUCUCCAAAGAAGAUCAAGCCCAAGUUCAAGGCAGCACCAGCGGCUCUACAACGUCAAGCUCGCAUCAGGGACUACGAGCGGACGGACCCUACUUCGACGCCGCUGAGUGGAUGGACGAACUUUCGCUUGGGCUACACCCUCCAUACGGACCACCUGGACGAGCAGGGGCGCUACGAGCUGUUCCAGAUCUUGGAGCAGGAAUCUCCUCUGCAAGCAGAACCUACGACGGUGGCAGAGCACAUCUUCCUCAACGAGGAGACCUACCAGCCGCAGCGGGAGAAGCUGGAGAUGUUGGCGGAUCGCAAACGCCACGAGCGACUGGCCGAGAUGGGAGUUCUUCGCGAGGAGGACGACGAGAUCAUGGAUUGGGGUCUGGUGGACGACGAGCUCAACCACAUGGUCCAGAGCCUCAACCAGUUGGUACCGGAUCCAUGA